UAACCUUUAAUAAUAUACGUAAAUACUAAGUAAUUAUAAGCCUAAUUAAACAUUAAAAAAUUAAUAAAACUGUAGAAUUUAAAAUGGUAGAGGAUACCUCUAACAAUAAUUAUAAACCAAAGGUCAAAACUAACAAUAACAGGCCCAAGUCAGUUUAUUCAUGGACCGUAAAUGAUGUUCAAAAAUGGUUGAGAAGGCACUGCAGUGAUUAUUAUCAGCAGUAUGGGACUCUUUUUUCCCAACACGAAAUUAUUGGAAGAGCACUUUUACGAUUAAAUGACAAUUCCCUUCUGAGGCUUGGCAUUAAAGAUUCAAACCACAGAGAAGCUAUUUGGAGAGAGAUUUUAAAGCUAAGGUUAAAAACAGACAUAAUGGAGAUAAGAGACCUUCAACGUCGUGAAAUUUAUAGUAUGGCUUAUGAUUACUAUAUCGCCUAACUAAAUGAUAUAUUUCUCUAUUGCUAAGCAUAUUGUAAUGUUAAAAUGUUUAAUUACUGUAUGUUUUGAAUUAUUUAUUGAUGGAAAAAUAUAAAUUAUUGUAUAUA